AUGCUUUGCAUUAAACGUUCCAGCUGCUCAACAAUUGGCACUAAAAGAAAUCGUAGCCGCAGCGAGCAAGAAAAGCACCAAGGGUCGACGUUCUUGAGAAGACUGGAUGAUGUUGUGUAUGCUGAUGAACAUCCGAUCCCCGGGAUAUUACCAGUUUCUGCGGAAAAACAAUAUUCUACCACUACCAUAUUUAAAAUCGAAUUACUCAAAAAAGAUUUUGCUACAAAAACACCUCUGCAACGACAUGGCGUACUGCUGCUCGAUGAAAUCAAUCUACGGAAAUCUGUAGCCGUGUGUUCCAAGAAUUUGACUUAUGUCGGCUUGACAGAUUUGGGCGACGAUGGGCUGCGAUCUUCGGACAUAAGCGAACAGGCGACGCAUGGUCUCGUUGUAAUGUUUCAAUUUCUUGCCGAUACUUACACGCAGCCAAUUGCAGUUUUCGCCUCAAAAAAUCCAGUUAAAGGAGAAGAGCUCGCUAAGCUGGUUGUAAAAGGGAUUAUCUAUCUGGAGAGGUGCGGAACGACAAUCCACGGUGUUAUUGCUGAUGGUGCUGCAACAAACCAGAAGAUGUGGUCGCUUCUGAAAGUUAGGGGUACAAUGCAAGACACCAAGACAUGGUUUACUCACCCCUUAGACGAUGAAAAAAAAGUGUUCGUUUUCUCCGACACGCCGCAUGUGAUUAAAAACAUACGAAAUCGGCUGUUGAACCAAAAGAAACUGCGGCUUAAUUCGGAGAACUACAUUCGUUGGCAAUACUUUGAGACGUUGUAUGAGCUCGAUACAAACCAUCCAGGAAAUGCCCGUGCAUGUCCAAAAAUAACGGAGCGACAUGUACACAUGGAUAACGCAUCAAAAAUGCGCGUUCGAUUAGCGACCCAGAUCUUUAGCAACUCUGUCGCGCAAGGGCUAGCGUUCUACUUGUCGCAUAACUGCAAAGCCCUUGCCGGAUUCUAAGCGACGAUUGCAUUUUGCAAACAAGUAAACGACAUGUUCGACGCACUUAAUCGCAAAUUGCCAAAUCAAGGACUUGCUCCGGAAUGUAAUGACUUCAAGGUGUUGAAGGAUUCGUUGCAAUGGCUGAACAACUGGGAAACUGCAAUGGUGAAAAAAGAAAUCAAACCCAAUGAGUUUCUCACUACUACAACAUCGAGAGGGCUUCGGAUCACGCUCCAAUCUACACUACAUAU